UUUUAUGUUAGGAACAAUGCAUGUGUAAGUAUUGAAUCUUAGUAAGAAUAAAAGUUUAAACUUUGAGUAUCUGUUGCCAUCGAUUUUAAUUUGUGGUAAGAUAAAUCACUUCUAUUAAAAACUAAAAAUGAAGACUGAUAUUUUUUUUUUCGCGACUCGAUAUUCUUCAAUUGUACGGUAUUCGUCUGCAGCAGGAACGGAGCCAGAAAAUAACCUCAAAUUUAAAUUUGAAGUAGUCCAGGAAGCCCAGACUCUAAUGAGUGGUCAUCCAGUUAGAAACAACAGUGGCUAUUGUUUAUCGUGGUGCUCGUUCAGGUAAUUAAAGCGCCCACACUGCGGGUUUGAGCGAUCAUGUACUGUGAUUGUUUUACUUGUACUUUGGCGAACUUUGAGAUGGAUUGGAAUUUUGCAUAUUUCUAAUGUGGUCGUUGCAGUCAAUUUCAAUGUUUGGUCUGCCAGAUUAUUCAUGGUUUUAGAGAUGAAGAGAGUCAUUCUCUUUGUAAAUGGCACAGAUGUUAAUGGCAAGAAUGUUUACUGAAAAUGAUCAAAAGGAAUGUAGAAUAUUACCUAGUAAAAAAGAUCGAAAUGGGGCUUAUUUGAUUGAUCGCAGUCCCACAUAUUUUGAACCUCUGCUUAAUUAUUUACGACAUGGGCAGUUAAUAGUAGAUCCAGUUUUAAAUCCUAUUGGUAUUUUAGAAGAAGCUCGGUUUUAUGGUAUUGAAGGAGCUGUUAGUAUUUUAGAAGAAACGAUUAUAGACGAUGAAAAGAAAAAAAGGAACAUAAUCUCGUUGAGUAGGAAAGAUGUUUUAAAAGCUCUCAUGCCAACAACUACUAAAUCCGAAUUACGCUUUCAAGGUGUAAAUUUGGUAGGAGCUGAUCUUUCACGAUUAGAUUUAAGGAACAUUAACUUUAAGUACGCUAAUCUGCAGGGUUGUAAUCUGACUGGUGCUAAUCUCACAUGCUGCUGUUUGGAGCGUGCGGACUUGUCAGGUGCCAAUCUCGAGGGCGCUCAGCUCGUUUCUGUAAAAAUGGCUUGCGCCAACCUUGAGGCGGCCAAUCUACAAUCAUGCAACUUUGAGGAUCCCGGUGGCAGAAAUGUCAACAUGGAGGGUGUCAAUCUCAAGAAUGCCAAUCUCAAAGGUAGCAAUAUGGCGUGGGUGAAUCUGCGCGUCGCUACACUUAAGCAUGCCAUACUCAAGGACUGUGAUUUAAGGUGGGCUGUAUUGGCAGGAGCCAAUCUUGAGUGCUGUGACCUGUCAGGCUCGGAUCUCUAUGAAACAAAUUUGCGUGGCGCAAAUCUCAAGGAUGCUGUUUUUGACCAGAUGCUCACACCAUUACACAUGUCUCAGACGAUACGAUGAGCCACUGCAUAAGCUUAACAAACUCGUGAAUUCUUUCUCACUUUCUUAUUUGGCUCCUUGAAUCGUAUAGCGUGAAAUAUUACUUAUUACAUACACUAACAUUUUAGCUUUAAGCAAGAAAGAUAAAUGGGAGGAUGAUAACAAUCAUAACAAAUCUUGGAAUAAUACCUGUAUUUUGCUACAACUUAUGUCUCUUUUUAUAGAAACAUAAGCUUGAUAAAGCAUGUUCAUAUAUAAAAUUUAGCAUUUAGAAUUGAUUAAUUUAAAAUAUAAAAGCAGCUUCUACAUUCUUCAUAAAGAUUUCAUAAAAAUACAAAG